CCCCCUCCCUCCUGUCCUCGCCCGGAGGCCGGCUGUCCUGCAGCAACCGGCCGGCGCCCACUCGCCCUGCGCUGGCCGCAGCCUGGGACCAGGCGGGCAGGAAGCAGGGACAGCAGCACCGUGAGCCCGGGCGGAGGCGCGGAGUGGCACCUGGGGGACAUGGAGGAAAGACCCACAGAGACCAAUGCCAAUGUGGACAACUCGGCGCCCCCGUCGGUGGCCCAGCUGGCCGGGCGGUUCAGGGAGCAGGCGGCGGCCUCGAAGGAGAUUCCGGCCAGUAAACCAGCCAGAAGGAAACCGCCCUGCUCCCUCCCCCUGUUCCCCCCAAAGGGAGAGCUGGGCCAGAACGGAGAGGAGAAAUCACCGCCCAACGCGAGCCACCUCCCCAAGGUCAAGGUGAAGAACUCACCUCUGAUCGAGAAGCUCCAGGCCAACUUAGCCUUCGACCCGGCCGCCCUGCUGCCUGGGGCCUCGCCCAAGAGUCCUGGGCUCAAGGCCGCGGUGUCCCCGUUUCACAGCCCGCCUUCCACGCCCAGCAGCCCUGGCGUGCGGCCUGCGGCCAGCGGGCCAGAGGAGGUGCCCAUCAGCUUCGACCAGCCUCCGGAGGGCAGCCACCUGCCCUGCUACAACAAGGUGCGGACGAGGGGCUCCAUCAAAAGGCGCCCUCCCUCCCGGCGGUUCCGGAGGUCCCAGUCAGACUGCGGGGAGCUGGGAGAUUUCAGGGUGGCGGGGCUGUCCCAGGAGAACGGCGCCCAGGAAGAAGCCGGGGAUGAGGUGUUCCAGUCCAAGAGCAAGGCCCCAGGCUCCCCUCCGCCUGGCGAGGGGGCACUGGGAAGGGAAGGGAGGGGGGCCCUGGGGUCCCGCGAGAAGCCCCCUCUGAGGAGGACGUCCAGCAGGACAGAGAAGCAGGAGGAGAAGGCCCUGGCCCCAGAGGAGGCCCCGCAGCCCGCGGAGGCUGCCCCGGAGGCCCAGGAGGGCGCAGCAGAGCCGUCCCCGGCGCCCAGCACAGAGGCGGAGAACAGGCGUGGGAGCCCCACGGAGGAAAGGUCAGCCGCGGGGCAGGAGGAGGCCACGGCGGCGAAGGAGGAGGGGGCUGGCGGCGAAGAGGAGCCCGCAGGACACAGCCAAGACUCGACGCGGCCGGAGGAGGGGGCCGCAGCGCAAGAGGCCCCCCAAGGUCCCCCGGGAGGAGAAGAGGGCGGCCUCGCCCCGGAGGAGGGGAAGGGCAAGGAAGAGCAGGAGGAGGGCCUCGCCCUGGAGCCCGGCUGCCGCCCCAGGACCGGCAGUGAGGUCCCCCAGACAGAGGACGGCGCCCCUGCCCAGGACACUAAGAUGUAAAGACGAGCCGCUCCCCUGUGCUUGGCGGCCAAGCGGAUGGAGGCGUCUCCGUGGAACUAGUGGCCACAAUGGUAGCAGCAAAUGAGGCCCACAGCCCCAGCCUGGGCGGGGCCGGCGUUCCUGCCCUGCCC